CUUCCAAUGACCUGCCAUUUUAGUCUACCCUGGCUUGUUUCUUGAAACCCAUACACCUAUUAUUACUUAUAAGCCUUCCCAAGUGGUUAGGCCAAUGAAAUCCCACUUCUCCCUGCACCCUUCAUAGCAACCCGUGCACAUUCCUUUUUUAACUUCGCGAGUACUGAGGAAAUAACUAGAAACUAACAACCAUUCGUGGGGCAAUAGGUGGCAGAGAACCUCGACACCCUCGGCAUUGAUCCGUCAAAAGGGUUCAUCGUAGCUGGCGAGAGCUCAGGCGCAAACAUGGCCCUUGCCGUUGCAUAUCUUUGGAUAACACGAAAAGACCACGGCGCAUCAUUGCGUAUCACAGGCAUCUAUGCCAGCGCAAGCUCAGGGGCGACCGCCGAAACAAUACCAGAGAAAUACAAGCCCUUCUUCGUGAGUAUGGAGCAGAAUGCUAACGUCCCUGUCAUGGAUACCGAAGCUGUCAAACGUAUUAAAGAACUUUACAAACCAGACCCCCGAAGCCCUCUCGCCUACCCAGUUACUAUCCCUGAUCCCUCUAUCAUGCCUCGAACAUACUUCCAAGCGUGCGGACUAGAUCCAACGAGAGAUUGCACGCUCGUCAUGGAGCAAGUAUGGAAGGACGCCAGUGUUCCGACAAAACUCGAUAUUUAUCCUGGCGUGCCGCAUGUUUUCUGGGCAUUGGGUCUUCCAGCUAUUGAGCAGAUCAAGAAGCAUGAGCUUGAUACCCGGAAUGCGCUCUCGUGGCUGCUAGGCCGGAAUGAUUGAACAUCCAUGGCUACCACACCGUAACAACUAGACACCCACCUCCUGAUUAUUCUGCUUGUCGCUUAGAGAAAACGGGGGGCGACUUGAUUGUCCCUGUUUGAUGUAACAUAAAUAUAC